AUGAAUAAGAGUUUUGCAGCUCUUGUGCAAGAAGCUGGUGUGUUUGAGAACUUGCUAUUCCUAGAAAAAGACUGUCGUAAUUAUAUCGACAAGGCACGUCACCUUCGAAUUGGGAAAGGUGGCGCUAGAGCCCUUCGUGAGUAUUUUGCAAAGAUGCAAUACAGGAAUGACGGGUUUUUUGCAAUGAUGGAUUUUGAUGAUGACAACAGAUUGAGGAAUUACAAUAACGCGUUAAGGAAGAAGACUGAGAAUGAAAAUGGGGAUGCACUUGAGAAUAUAUUUCAGGAGUUGUGCAUGAACUCUAAAUUUAGAGAAGUUCAGCAGGAGAUAAUGGGGAUGCUCAGUUGUCUUCCAAUUUUACACCAAAAGGAUGGUGUAAUUGCAAUAUAUCAUGUAGAAGACGAAGUUUGUGUUGUUGAUUUCGUCAAGGAGGUUACCCAUCUUGUGUACUUUAAUGAGACUACGUGCGAUUCCAAGUGUUCCUGGGGAUUGUCUGAGAUGAGUGGGAUCUUGUGUACACAUGUAUUAGCCGUUUUCAAAAUUAACCAUGUCCGUAAUGUGCCAGAGAAGUACAUCUUGGAUCAAUGGAGAAAUGACAUAAAAAUGAGAUACAUUGUUAUGAAAAGUAAUUAUGACGUAGCUGAUGCGAGGCCAUAA